CGCUGAAUAGAAAGGAAUCAACUGAACAAAUUUUAACGAAAUUAUCAAGGUUUAUUUAUGUUUAACAGAAAGUUUGCGUAACGAUGCCACGCAAGAGAACGGCUAAAGUCAGUAAAAGAAACAAACCAAAAUGUCCUGAAGGAGACGAAGGGAAGUCGCUGACAGAAGAAGAGAGGCAUGAAAAGUUGGCUGUGUUUACUAAAGAUUUUGAUAUUAAAUAUCAAGAGAAAAUAAAGAGAAUGGCGCUGGAUCAACAGACUUUAUUAAAUGCUAUAGAAAGGAAAUUACACUGUCAAAUAAUGCAGCUUCCUGCGUGCAUAAAAAAGAUGAAAUUAAAAGAUUUUAUUGAACUAGGUGGAACGAUUGAAGCAGCUUUAGCAGAAAGUGAAUCAGCCCCUUCUAUGCCUUCUUCAUUAUCUAUAUCUGGAAAAUUAGCCCAGUCCAUAUCAAAAUUGAACCCGAAAAUAUUACCCACGUGUGAAGUCAUCCAAGAAGAAGGGGAGCCGACUCCUGUAGCACAGAAACGAACUGUUAGGAAGAAUUCCAAUAAAUCAACAACAGGAACUGGUGUGAGGAAAUCUACAAGAAAACGAGGAACGAAAGGAAAUGAAUCUCUGAUGGCUCCUCCGUCUGUUUCUAGAAUCAGAAUGACUCCAGCAAGUAGAACUAUGUCCACAUCAGGAUGGCCCACGCCUUUAAUUACACCUAAAUUUGACCCCAGAUUACCGUUUACUCCGGGUAUGAACCGAGAUCCAAAACCAGGGGAGAGAAUCCUGUCUCUAGCAGGUAGUCCUAUCAAUAAUCCACAAGAUGGUGAGAAGAAAAGUAGAACUGGCAAGGGACGAGUUAGAACAUUAACAGUAAAAAAUAAAGUGAAAGAAGAACUAGAAAAUCUUGUGAUACCAGAUUCUCCGACGGACAUUAAAAAUAUGAGACAAUCUCAGAUGUUUAAAGCUAUCAAUUUAUUAUCCAAUAUUUUAAAACAAUCGGAUGACGAUGAACAGUUUUAGUGUCAGACUUUAACAGACUAUUCUACAGUGGAUGUAUUAGAAAAUGAGGAAUACACUACAGAAAAUUUAAUUUUGAAUUCUGGAUAGAAAAUCUGGCCACAUAUUUUCGAAACGAUCUUAGAGCUAGGAUGUCCUAGGAUCAACGUUAGAAGAUAAGAACCUAGGACAUCCUAGCGCUAAGAUCGUUCGAGAAUUUUUCAGAAAACAUUAAUUGUGUGAUAGGAUAUUUUUAAAAUGUAAAUAGGUUUUUUAUGUACUAAUAUAUAGUUGUUGAUAUCUUCCUUUUUUCUUUACUCUGAAUUUAUUGAUAUAUUUGAAACAGACUUAGUUUUUCUAGACUUAUGAUGUGCACACUCCUUCUUGCUUGCACUUCCUGAUUCCCAUCAUCUUCACAAUGUGAAGCUAUUAUAAAUAUCUUAUAUCUUGACUGCAAAAGCCAACUUUCUUAUAUCAUGGAAGUCUGUAAAUGCAGUGAUUUGAUUGGUUUGUACACUGUCAUACAGCCAAAGAGAGCUCUCAACAGAAAAUCUAUUAACCAUAAGCUAUAAUUGUUACAAUCUUUUUGUCGAGGGCUCUUGAUUAGUUGUAUUCACUUGCAUACAAUCCAAUCAAAUUGCUGCAUUCCUUGAUACAAGCCUAUACCCUGACAUUGUGAAGAUGGAUUUCCAUAUGACAUCUUGAGUUUUCUGCUUGUAACCUUGUAUCAAUAAUGUGUAAAUUUCAUUCUUUCUCUUUCAUUUUCAGCAUACCAUGUCAAAAAGUCUUGUAGAAAAAACACACUUUCUACACUUUCCUCUAUUUUUCUUUUCAUAUCUGUAUCUAUGUACAUACAUGUAUCAUAUCAUCACAAUAAAUUGUAAUACUUAUAUUACAAACAAAUAUCUAGAGGCUUUAAUGUACUUAAAGUAUUGUAAAGAAUUUUCGAUUAAAUGUCUGUGGUUUCUGCAAUUCCACUAAGUGUGAAGGGCGUCAUGAUGUGAUACAAGCAUAUUUUGCAAUUAGUGAACCCUUAUCACAAAAAUUGUACAAUAAUUUUCAGUGGAAUCUGACCAUUUGCAUCUUGUGCUAUCCUUUACAGAGAUUUUUCAGUUUUUUGGAAGCAUGUCUAUAUUGAUUGUGAGCAUGGUAAUAUCCCUCCUGAAAUGUAUUUUAAUAAUUAGUUGAAUGUUAUUUGUUGUAUGUAUAUAGAUCUAAUGUAAAAUACUUUCAAAAAUAUUAAAAUAUAUUCAAAAUACAUAGAAUUAUUGCACAUUAUGUUCGUAAGGCCUAAUACCAAAGGGAUUUCUAUCUAACUCUUACAAACAGUUCCUGAAAAUACUGUGAAAUUCUCUAUGAGGCUGCACUUUAAAAUGAAUCAAUCCAUAAGACAAGAAAGACAAUAAAUGCAAUAGAAUAACAACCUAAAAUUGAUUAAGAUGAUGAAUUUUGAAAUAUUUAUAUCAUAAUUGUAAUAAAGAGUUGAAAAUAAAUCUGAAAACUU